UGUGUAUGCCAGUUGUGUGAGCAUACAAACUUCACCUGCCAAACUGAAGGAGCAUGUUGGACUUCAGUCAUGCUGACUAAUGGCAAAGAAGAAGUGAUAAAGUCAUGUGUAUCUCUUCCAGAAUUGAAUGCUCAAGUGUUCUGCCAUAGUUCUAAAAAUGUCACAAAAACAGAAUGCUGCUACACUGACUUUUGCAACAACAUAACCCUCCAUCUGCCUACAGCUUCAGAAUCCUCAAGCAGACCAAACCUAGGACCUCUGAUGCUGGCCAUGAUAGUUGCUAUCCCAGUUUGUAUCUUGUCUCUAGCUGUAAUGCUGACUAUAUGUAUACGUCAAGGUCACUACUGUGCAUACAGAAAGAAAAAGCGACAAAAUAUUGAAGAGCCCCUAUCUGAAUGUAACCUUGUAAACUCUGGAAAAACUCUUAAAGAUCUUAUUUAUGAUAUGACAACAUCUGGGUCUGGAUCUGGUUUGCCUCUGCUAGUGCAAAGAACAAUUGCAAGGACUAUUGUUCUUCAGGAAAUAGUAGGAAAAGGUCGAUUUGGCGAAGUCUGGCGUGGAAAAUGGUGCGGGGAAGAUGUUGCUGUAAAAAUCUUCUCUUCAAGGGAUGAAAGGUCUUGGUUUCGUGAGGCGGAAAUCUAUCAAACAGUUAUGCUGAGACACGAAAAUAUCCUGGGUUUUAUUGCUGCUGAUAACAAGGAUAAUGGAACUUGGACUCAGCUCUGGCUUGUCUCUGAAUAUCAUGACCAAGGCUCCUUGUUUGAUUAUUUAAACAGAAAUACUGUGACAAUAGAUGGGAUGAUUAAAUUGGCACUUUCAAUAGCCAGUGGCCUAGCACAUCUUCACAUGGAAAUAGUUGGUACACAAGGCAAACCAGCUAUUGCACACAGAGAUAUGAAAUCCAAAAACAUCUUGGUGAAAAAAAAUGAAACCUGUGCCAUUGCAGACUUGGGGCUGGCUGUUAAGCAUGAUUCUGUAUUGAACACAAUUGACAUACCUCUGAAUCCUAGAGUGGGAACAAAGAGGUACAUGGCUCCUGAAAUACUUGAUGAUGUAAUGAACGUAAAUAUCUUUGAAUCUUUCAAGCGUGCAGACAUAUACUCUCUUGGUUUGGUGUACUGGGAGAUAUCACGAAGAUGCUCAAUUGGAGGACUUGUUGAGGAGUACCAGUUGCCUUUUUAUGAUGUUGUGCCUUCUGAUCCUUCAGUAGAAGACAUGAGAAGGGCAGUUUGUGAGCAGAAACUUAGGCCAAAUAUUCCAAACCAGUGGCAAAGUUGUGAGGCACUCAGAGUCAUGGGCAGAAUAAUGCGCGAGUGCUGGUGUGCUAAUGGAGCAGCCCGCCUCACUGCGCUUCGCAUUAAGAAGACUAUUUCACAGCUCUGUGUACAGGAAGAUUGCAAAGCCUAAACAAGUGAUUGGGAGAAAAGAAGGAAUCAUUGUGUUCAUCUUUUUACGUGUGUGUGUGUGUCUGUGUUGUGUGUGUCUGUGUUUUCUUUUACCUACCUCACAUAUAUACGGUAUGGUAUUUAAGUGCCCGAACCACAGCACUGAAAAAUAGCUUUAUAGUUGACCUCAGGCAAACGCAGCUUCUGGUUGAUGUUAAUUUUUUUUUUAAUACAGCAAGUCACUGACUUGCCUUGUUUUUCUUAAGGAAAGUAGUUAAUAGAAAAAUAGCAGAACUGAUCUAAGAAAUAAUAUUAGAUCUUAAAAUACAUUUCACUGUUCUUAAGCCUUUUCUUCUUUUUAGAAUCAAAAUACGUUGUAGGUGGGUUGCUGCAUGGCUUUAAGAAGUGGAUUAGGGGAAAAACCCAUGCAUUUUUUUUUUGUCAAACCAAAAAUAAGUAGCAGAACAAAUGUAUUGAGCAUCUUAGGUAUUUUACUUAGAGUUCUGGAGAAUAGCUGUCAGUGAAGUGCAUUUAUAUGUUUUUAUACUAUAACGAUCAUUUACUAACCAAACAAAGAAAUAUUCCAUUGAACUUGUGUACUGUGAAAGCAAAGUAAAUGCAUGGUUCUUUUUUAAGUAUUUUUUUUUAUUACAGCUUAUCUGCAAAACUAUAGGUAACAUUGGUAGUAUUUUUGUUAUGUUUCCUUAUGAGCUGAUUGUUCCAAAAUGCCAGGCAAGGACCACAUUUUCUAUUUUGUACUAGUUGUGAGGAAAUGUAAUGUGGGGAGUAUUUUGUUAGCAUUUCUAGGUAAAAUUUUGAUAGGACCUCUUCUGUAUUAUCUGAAAAGAAUGUAUUUUUAACUGACAUUUUGCAGAACAUUAGUUGAUCUAGAGAGUGCCUUUUUGUUGGGGACUAGGAUGAGCUAACAAAGUUAAUUUCUGUAAAAACUCAGUGUCCUGGAUAAAAUUUUUACAUGCAGAGACCCGUACCUAACAACUUGCACUCUAUGGAGGCCAGCACAAAUGGCUAUUCUUAAGGUGGGCCUGGGUGGUUUCCACACAGUUUGGAAUUGUGCAGAGUGAGUGUCUUCAGCACCCGGAGCGAGUGGUACAGGCACUCCUCAUGAUCUAAACCUGAAUGACAGUGGUACAGUCCUUGUGCUCUGACCCAGCUUUAGCCUUUAGAGAACUUAUUGCCUCACGCAGAACAUGAGUUCCCACACUAACCCAUUUUCUUAUGUGUAUAAAUAUAUUUUUAAGUACAGCCCAGUAGUAUAUAAAUGGAUGGGUGAGUGAGGCACAAGCCCUGGAUGCUGUCUAAGGGAGAGGUGCCAGAAUAGGAUUAGUGGGUGUCUUACCUUCCUGCCCCCCAUCCUGUCCCUUAUACCCUGUCCCUUCUCUGCAUUGGUCCAGUUCUGGCUCGGGCAGAUGGUGAUGGUGUGGGGAGAUAUGUUACCUCACUUUUUAGGCACUACAAAUUGUUAAAAGGCUGCUGAAGACAUGUGUUGAUGGCUAAAAGGAGGCAACAUUUGCUCAGCAGCAGCAAAUUUCUAGCCUUUGCCUCUGCACCAGGUGAGACUGCCACCUGGUUCUGGCUAGUAUGCCUCUGGUCCAGGCCACUGUGCAAAUAGUUUUUCAGUGUGUAUCUCAUAAUUUAAUGCACAUGUUCAAUAGUUAAAAAAAAAAAUCUGACAUCCCCUGGUGUCCUGGAUGGUUUGAGGCACGUGGUCAUUUCAUAUACUUUGAAAAAAAUUAUUUUAAAAUAUUUAUCUUAACCCCACAAAAUCCAUGAGCUGUAGAAUUAGGGCCACAGAUCUCUCGAUUCUCUGUAACACAGUGGUUGUAGAGAAAGAAAACUUAACAAAAAUAAAAAAUAGAAAAGAAGGGAAGGGAAGUGACUUGAAUACCACAGUUUACUUAUAGUUUCCUGUGUUUAAUCUUUGUCAUUGGGUCUUUUGAAUUCCGUUUUAGGUGGAAAACCAGGACCAUAGUCUUCAGUCAGCUAGGUCAGUGUUUCAUGUUUUAUUUUGCAGCUUCUGUUGCAGUGAACAUUAUUUGUUCUUUAAAUCACUACUAGCAAAGUGUAGCAUAAAUGUUUGUAUAAUUUACCUUAGCUUGCUUAAAGUGAAGCUAAGCCCUACUUUAUUAUUUGUGGUCUUGUAACCACGCUACAGAGUAUGAUCUAAAGGAUUGCUAGUAGGUUUUAUUUCUGUAUGCUUUGAGUUGUAGACAAACUUACUCUUUAUAUUUUUAAUACUUUUUGUAUGUUCCAGUUGUGGUUAGUCGCACACACUAUCUAAUCUGCAGUAUUUAUUUGAAAAUGAAAUGAAAAACAACCUACUAUAAUGAUCUUAUUUUAGAGGAUAUUUUUAAAGAUGGUUUGCUUGCUUGCUAUCUUUAUAAACCCUAACGCUGAUUUGGUUCCUUUUAUUUUGAAUGAAAGUAUAAACAAGAAUCUAGUGCUUAAGCCUCAAGCACUGUAAUUCAAAAAUAGCUUUUUAUUUAAAAGCAAAAAUUGUCAAGAAAUUUCUAAAUAAAAGAGCCUGAUCCACCUCUCAGUGAAGUCGAUAAAAAAAAGACUUAUUGACACCAAUAGGAGCUGGAUAAGAUGCAGAAUAUUGCGGUUACAUUGUAGUUAAUGUGAUGUUAAGCUAGGGCCAUAUUUUCAGAAAAAAUUGACCCCCACAGUUGGAGCAGGAUUUUUAUAAUAGCUUGGAUGUCUAAAUAAAGUGUCCAGAUUAUCAAAAAUGUUCUGGAUUCAGCGGGAAGAGAGAAACAAAAUGCCUGUUAAUUACACAACAACACAAUGACAUUGGUAUUAGGCUACUGCACAGUUAACAUCUGUAAAAACCUGUGCACUGGUGCUACUGCACAGUAGUGCCAGUUACUGCACACUGAUUUAGUCCUUAGUUAUCCAAGUACUAUACUUAAUGCACAGUAACUACGGCACAUUAAUGAACAUGUAGACAUACCCACUGAGACAUAAAAAGGAAAAUUAGGAUACUGAAAUUCAGCCCAUUUUCGAAGGUAUCUGGAGAUGUUACAUCAUCACCAGAGGACCUAGGAACUAGAAGGAUUACAAAGAACUAGAAUUAUGUUCUCUUAAGCAGGGGUGUCAAAGAUGCAGCCUGCAGGAUGGAUCUGUCCCACCAAGUUCAAUCAUCUGGCUUCCUGUGCUGCCCCUGGGUCUCAGAGUUGACCUAUGUGUGGCAUGGAGUAUGUGCAGGGCCUGGGAUAUGCACGUCAUGCAGGGGUGUGGGGUUCAUGGACCUGAUCAGGAUCGUGGACCUGAUCUAGUCCAUGGACCUGCCCUGCACCUUUCAUCCAGCCUUCAGGGCCAGAUGAAUUUGACACCUCUUUUCUAAAGGAGUAAAUCAGAGAGCAGAGGCAGGCAAUAUAUGACCCACCAAGGGAUUUUAUCCAGCCUGUGGCAGGUCCCUUGGCCCCACCUGGCCCAGGGGUGGGGGGCAGCUCAGGCUGUGGUGUGUGUGGCCAGUCCCAC